CACGGUGCCUCCCGUAUGAGCGGGAUAAAAUCUGAGGGGUUUUCCUUGUGCGGCAGUGAUGCGCUGGAAACUCGAAGUCAGGAGCCAUAUUCCAAAGGAUCCUUGGAGCCACACAAACCAGUGAAAGGGAAGAAGAAAAGGGAUCUGAGGAUAACAUGUGUCCCCAUCAAACCACCUGUUGCCAACACAACGCCCCCGAGGAACUUGGACUCCAGGACGUUCAUUACCAUCGGAGAUAAAAACUUCGAGGUGGAAGCUGAUGACCUGGUGACCAUUUCGGAGCUGGGCCGUGGGGCCUACGGCGUGGUGGAGAAGGUCCGGCACGCCCAGAGUGGCACCAUCAUGGCUGUGAAGAGGAUUCGAGCCACUGUGAACACUCAGGAGCAGAAGAGGUUGUUGAUGGACCUGGACAUCUCCAUGAGGACAGUGGACUGCUUCUACACAGUCACCUUCUACGGAGCCCUGUUCCGUGAGGGUGACGUGUGGAUCUGCAUGGAGCUCAUGGACACCUCCCUAGAUAAAUUCUACAAGAAAGUACUGGAGAAGAAGAAAACCAUCCCUGAAGACAUUUUGGGGAAAAUGGCUGUGUCUAUUGUACGAGCUCUGGAGCACCUGCACAGUAAACUCUCUGUAAUCCAUAGAGAUGUGAAACCUUCCAACGUGCUGAUCAACAAGGAGGGACACGUGAAGAUGUGUGACUUUGGGAUCAGUGGUUACUUGGUGGACUCUGUUGCCAAGACCAUGGAUGCUGGCUGCAAACCCUACAUGGCUCCAGAAAGAAUAAACCCAGAGCUGAACCAGAAGGGCUACAACGUGAAGUCGGAUGUCUGGAGCCUUGGGAUCACAAUGAUUGAACUGGCCAUUCUGCGCUUCCCAUACGAGUCCUGGGGGACGCCCUUCCAGCAGCUCAAGCAGGUGGUGGAGGAGCCCUCGCCCCAGCUGCCUCCUGAACGCUUCUCCAAGGAGUUUGUGGACUUCACAGCACAGUGCUUAAGGAAGAACCCAGCUGAGCGAAUGAACUAUUUAGAACUUAUGGAACAUCCUUUCUUUACCUUGCACGACACCAAAGAGACUGACAUGGCCUCCUUUGUGACAGAGAUCCUCGGGGAAGACUCCUAACUCCAGCUCCCAGCUCCCUGCAGCCCCUCCAUCCCAGCUCCCCGCAGGACAGCGAGCGAGGACUCGAGCUCACCGUGGUUUGCACAAAUCACACAUCUUCACAAUCGCACCUCCCCGGCCUGGGGGCAUCUCUGGCCCCAUCCAGGCCUCGAAAUCUCUUUUCUCUUUGCCCUGAGAAAAAAAAAUCCUCCAGGAGGAGCCUUUUGAAGCCAACACCUUCCCAGCCAAGCCAAGGACUGAAGGCUCAGGAGGUCCCUGGAGAGGAGCAGUGCCUGAGCAGGCAGAGGGUGCCAGAGGCCACCAGCUCCCCAGUACCCUGUGCACACACAGGGGCUGUGUUUCUUUGCUGCCAGGGGGAGACAGACAGAACCAGUGCUGCUGUGCUUCUCCCACUCCUCUCCUGCCUGCCCAAAGCCCCUUCCCUGGAGUCUGGUCUCACCUUCCCUCUGUGCCUGGCUCUCUGCCCCCAGGAGCCCACACAGCUUUAGGGGCUUGUGGGGCUGCUGCUCACACCAGAGGCUGUUUAAAUGCCUGGCUCUACACCUUAAGGACCUUUUGAGGCAGCACCAGCUCGGGCAUCCCUCUCCCUCAAUCAGUGCUGCUCCCUUGAUUGGGGGGGAAGGGGAGAAAGGCAUUUCCCACGAGCCCACUGUGACACAAGCUGCAGCCCACGCUGUGCCCAUGGGACUUCACCCAGCAUCCAUCCCUUCCCUCGUGGGCACAAGGGAUGCAGACAGCAGAUGCCCAGUGCUGCCUCUCCUCCCUCCAGCCCUGGGCUGGGAGGACACAUCCCUGCUCUGGGCAUUGCCUUCCACAGCCUGGCUGCCUCCAGCUUCCCUGGCUCCCUGAGAAGACGCUGCUCCCUCUGCUUUCCAACCUGAAGCUGGUGUCAGACUGCACUGUGACACCUGCUCCUUCCAGAGGCUGAACUCGUGUCCCAAACCCAGUGACUGGCCAGGGGCUGCUGGCAGUUGUACAUUUGAUGUCUAUAUAUAAUGGACUUUGUAACGUGUUUCCUAGGUUUGAUCUAACUUGCUAGAAAUUAAAGCCCUUCUGUGUGGGAGGAGGGAGGAGCAGUUCCUUCUCUGCUGACAAAUCCACUGUGAAAACCUGAUGUGUUUCCCCACGCUCCCAGCCCAAGGAGCCAGGGGAGCAGGAGGGGUUUCUGGCUUCUACUGUACAUGAUCACAGAUAAAUGCACAGGCUGUGGAUUUCGUUUGGGUUGUUUUUUUUUUUUUU